UUAUUAUUUUUGCAUGAAUCUGUAUCAUGAAAUCUUCAUAGCACUACCAUGACAUCUGUUUCCACAUAAGAGAUUGAUUUGUGCAAGAUGAGGGUGAGAAUAACUGAAAAUAACAAAGUCAGAUUUCAGCUCUUUGCUAGUAAGAAGAACCAAGCUACGACAAUGUGACUCAAAACCCCGGAUAAACUCAACACUGAUGAUCCCAUAACCCAGUCCCUCAGGAGGUACUUGAUUUGCUGUCUGUGAUUCUCAAUCCCCUUCAGACCUUUGCUAAGUUUAAGUUUCUUUUAUUUCAAUAGACCAAGAAGACCUUUCCAAAGCAUAAAAACCAUUUACUUUUAUAAAACUUAUUAUUCUAUUGUCCAAGAUUAAAGAG